AAACACAUUUUGCAGUUAUCGACUAACGCAUGAUUGGAGCGGAUUCACAACGUUUACGAGUUGUUGAGGAUAGCUUAGGAUGCAUGAAGGUUCCUUUAGAACGCUACUAUGGCGCACAAACUGCUAGAUCUCUGGAGAACUUUAAUAUCUGCACAAGAUCGGACACAAUGCCACUGCAAAUAGUCUAUUCUCUAGCUAUGAUCAAAGAAGUUGCUGCUUGUACAAACUUCAAAUUCGGGAGAAUAAGUUCCAAAAUCUCAGACGCUAUUGUAAAGGCCUGUCGCGAAGUAUACAAUGGACAGCAUGACAAUGAGUUCCCUCUCGUUAUUUGGCAAACUGGUUCUGGUACUCAGACUAAUAUGAACGUCAAUGAAGUUCUUUCGAGUAGAGCUAGCGAACUGAUUGAAGGUUCACGCAGUUCUAAACUGACUGUUCAUCCCAACGAUCAUGUUAAUCUUGGACAGAGUUCAAAUGAUAUUUUUCCCACUGCCAUGAAUCUGAGUAUUGCAAUGGAAACUGCAUGGAAGGUUCUUCCAUCUUUGAAUCACCUCAUAAACGUAAUCAAAAGUAAGAUGCAUGAAUUUAUGGAUGUUAUCAAAAUUGGAAGGACCCAUAUGCAAGAUGCUGUUCCAAUGAGCGUUGGACAAGAAUUGAGUGGAUACGUGAGUCAACUCCAGCAGGCAGUGGAUUCAAUCAAAUCACAAUUACCGUUGAUUUGUUAUUUAGCUGUUGGUGGAACUGCCGUGGGAACUGGGCUAAAUUGUUUUAAAGGUUUCGACGAGGAACUGUGUGUGGGCUUAACACAAUUAGCUGAUCGUCUUUACAGAACUAUGUACAAAGAAUCUACACCGGUAAUAGAUCUCGUUUUCAAACCAGCUGAAAAUAAAUUUGCAGCUCUUGCAGGCCAUGAUACCUUAUUACAGUUAAGUGGUUGUUUUAAUACCACCGCUACAGCUUUAAUGCGAUUGUCUAAUGAUUUUUGUCUGCUCAGCUCGGGACCAAACUGUGGCCUCAGUGAAUUUGUUUUACCGGCAAACGAACCUGGAUCAAGCAUUAUGCCAGGUAAAGUCAAUCCAACUCAAUGUGAAUCUCUACGAAUGGUUAGCUUGCAGAUAAUGGGUAAUCACUUCACAACUUCCAUGGCAGCAUCUCAGGGUCAACUGGAAUUAAAUGUUUAUAAACCUUUACUAGCUGCAAAUCUCUUACAUACGUGUGAACUGUUAACAGAUUCGACACGUUGUUUUGCUGAUAAAUGUGUCAAAGGUCUACAGCUGAAUCGAGAAAAAAUCCAGGAAUAUGUUGAUAAGUCUCUUAUGUUGGUUACGGUUCUAACACCUCAUAUUGGUUAUGAUUUAUCAGCCAAACUGGUUCACCAUGCAUCGAAAUUCAAAAAAGGAUUGCGUGAAAGCGCGAUUGAGCUGAAUUUACUAUGUGGGGAAAAGUUUGAUGAAAUUGUUAAACCAAUGGAAAUGGCCUUUCCUCAUAACAACCAAUGAAUUCUAAAAAUUUUAUUUUUUGCUUUUUAUUGCUUGGGUUAUUAACAGUAUGAUUCAAUUUGAUCCUACGAACUUCUAAAUUUACAGUGUUAUAUUAAGAAAAUCAGAUAAUCUAACUAUUUAAACAAUAAAAUUUUCCAUAUGAAUUUUUACAUAUUCGUGGCAGACGAUGCCUCCAUAAACUUGGAAUGUAAUCUGUAUUAAAAUUACACACAUAUAUGCAUACAUUAAAUGAACAGAGAAAUGGCCGGAAGUGCUGGAGGUCACACAAUCAUUAAACACUAAAAACAUUGAAGACAGCCUCAAGUAACAUACUGACCUUGAAUGUUCCGAGCAAAAAUAUGAAGAUUUAUUUUAAUAAACAAAUCUCGCUAAAAUGAAAUUUCAUUCUCAGUAACUUUGUUACGAUAUCAAUAUGCAUGUUGAAUUAUUAAUAGGAUUAAGAUUUUGAAAAAAUCAAUAGCUUUAAUAAGACAAAAUCCCUAUAAAUAUUUUAUAGAAGAGAUAGUUCCCAACGAUCUCGUCUAACAAAACGACACUUCAUAUGUAAAUAAACUACAUUUAUGAUUGGAGUUCAUAUAUUAUGUCAUCGAGCAAUUUGAACAACUUAUCCUUGUUUUAAAAUUAAAUGUAAAAAACACUUCACCUCCAGAAGUUUUAUGAAGUGAUUUUACGUAUGCUUAUUUCUGAGUAUUUCAUACGCAAUUGACAAUUCAACUUACGUGACAAUCCCUUUCGCCAUAUCUCUUUAAAGUAAUCUGAAAAUCAGAUUUCAGUGUGCGUCAGAAAAUAAAAUCUCUUAAUUACUAUGAUACAUUCGCUUUUGUCUUCAGUAUAAAACUCUUACUUUACCAAUCUCAGUAGGAUUGAUUAUAAGUUGAUAACAAAGGUUUAUUCAUAUUCUGAUCUCUCAGAUUCAGCUAAAAACAUUAUGACGGUACACCUUCCUACAUAAACAGUACACUCAUAAAAAUAUUAACCACAUGACCAUGCUUAGAAAUAUAACAACUGGAUAAAAUGAUACUUUCUUAGAUCUGUGCUCUGCCGCAUGAAACGUAGAUUAAAUUUUGGAAGAAAAACCAACUCACCAAAUUUCACAAAAUAAAUAAAGUCGAAAUAUAAUUGUAGCAAAUGUGUAGAAAUAGCAGAAAAGAAGUUUAAAUAUCGGCAGGAUUAGUGUCUAAUUCCCUUUGCUGUCAUCAUGACAGGAUAUAUAGCCGUAUAAAUAUAUAUUAUUUUGACUGGAUAUGAAAUAAUCAUUGAUAACAUUCACAAAUGGCUGAAUAUAUCGAUCUUCUAAAUUCAAAUUUACUCAUCUCUUUUGUCUUCACUCGUAUACUAUUUUAACGGUAAAAUGUAUGCUUUCAUUAAGACUAGUAAUAAUACAAAUGCCUGAAUUCAUGAUAUUAGUGAAUAAAUAAGAAUUUAUUAAAAAUGAUUACUUUUUCUACCCGUUUUAUUGUGAUCGUUUUCGCAAAAAUCAGUAAGUCUAAAAUAUGAUAAAAAACGAAAAUUGUGGGGAUCUGCUUUAUUUUAUGCAAGAUAUUCUGUUGACACACUUUCAGUGACAUUCUAACUGUUAACUCAAUUUAACAAUCAUAUGACAUAUUUGUCAAUUAAUUUAACUUCCUUAAGACUGAUGAGUUAGUUAGUAUCUAGCAGAGAUCAAUAUAUAUUUACGUUACAUGCACAAUAUAUUUUAGUUUUAUUGUUUGAUUGUACGAAAUUCGAAUAUAACUUAAUAAUUUUUGUAUUUUCUUAGGAAUAAUAAUAUAUUCCGUUGUACUAUUUAAACUUGGACUAAUUUUGAUUUGGUUAUUUACACCCUGAAGAAGUAGCUCACACUAAGUCACGAAACGUCAGAAAAUCUAAUUUUUCUACUCAUUGGGAUAUUACAAAUAUAUUAAUUUAUUUAU